AGUCGGAGGCGGGCCCAGUGGGAGGAAUGGCUGCCGCGUCUGCCGGUGCGCGAAUGGUCUCGGCCGUGGAGGCGUGAAGCCGGGUCUCAGCGACUAGUGCAUUCAGCUUCCACCAGUGGAAGGUGGAUUUCGGCUCCGCUGGGCUUGAACACGAACCUCAGCCUUCCGCGUCCCCCACCGGUGUUCAGGCCCAUCCAAAACCGUACCUAAAACUACAGUCUAGCUUCAAGCAUCAAAUUACGUGGCACUUGAGAAACGUAGUGCUUCCCUGACGGCCGUCGAUCUUGCAGAGGAAGGAUCCUAGCCUGGGCUUUAGACGCUUGCCAGCAGCACUCCAUGGCCCUCACGAUGCUGAAUGGUCUACUCAUUAAGGACUCCAGCCCACCUAUGCUGCACCAGAUUAGCAAGACUCCUCAGCUAGAUGCCUUCAACUACCAAAGCUGCUUCAUGCAAGACCUCUUUGCUCAUUUCCCUGAGGUCUUAUUUAUCCACCGGACCUAUAACCCAAGAGGCAAGGUGUUGUACACCUUCCUGGUAGAUGGACCCCGGGUCCAGGUUGAGGGUCCUCUUGCCCGAGCUGUGUACUUUGCCAUCCCUACCAAUGAAGAUGCCAGAGGCCUGGCCCAGAUGUUCCAGGUGUUCAAAAAGUUUAACCCAGCAUGGGAGAGAGUCAAUACCAUCCUGGUGGACCCCCACUUCCUCCUGCUGCCCACCCUGACCAUGGAGUUCCCCACCGCUGAGGUCUUGCUCUCUGCCUUCCACAUCUGCAAGUUCCUCCAGGGUAAAUUCUAUCAGCUGCCGUUGGAGCAGCCUGUCCAGAGGCUGCUUCUGUCCUCCCUGCAGAGCACGAUGUGCUCAGCCACAGCUGGCAACCUGAGGAAGCUGUACACGCUCCUGAAUAACUGCAUCCCCUCCAGCAGGCUGCCGGAGCUCCACUCACACUGGCUGCUCAAUGACCGCAUCUGGCUGGCCCACCGCUGGAGGAGCCGCGCCCAGAGCAGCCGCUACUUCCAGAGUCUGGAGAUCAUGGCCCACAUCCUCAGCCAGUUUUUUGGCACCACCCCAUUUGAGAAACAGGGUAUGGCGUCUGUGUUCCGAUACAUGCAGCAGAACUCUUCGGACAAAGCCAGCCUCAGCCUGGCCGAGACACCCCAGGACAGUCACACUCCUUCAGAGGCCAGCGCUGAAAACCCCAACACAGAGCAGUUGGUGGAAGCCCGUAUCCAGCACUCCCUCAACGCCAUCUGCACGGGGCCAGCCGCCCAGCUUUGCCUAGGCGAGCUUGCGGUCGUCCAGAAAUCCAUGCACCUCAUUGGCUCCGGCUCCGAGAAGAUGAGCAUCCAGAUUCUGGAGGACACGCACACCGUCCAGCCCCAGCCCCCCGCCAGCUGCAGCUGCUACUUUAACCAAGCCUUCCACCUGCCCUGCCGCCACAUCCUAGCCAUGCUCAGUGCCCGCCAGCAGGUACUCCAGCCCGACAUGCUGCCCGCUCAGUGGACCUCGGGCUGUGCCUCCAGUCUAGACAGUAUCCUAGGCAGCAAGUGGAGUGCCAGCCUGGAUAAGCACCUGGCUGUGACUCUGCUCACUGAAGAGGUGGGUCGGCUCUUACAGCACUGCAGCGAGGAGGAGUUCGAGCGUCGCUACAGCACCCUCCGGGAACUGGCCGACAACUGGAUCGGCCCUUAUGAGCAGGUACAGCUCUAAUCACGUGUACACGCCCAGUACUAGGAACUGAACCCAGAGGAGUCGACGGGUUAGGCAGGCUCUACUACUGCCUCUUUUUAUGUCUUAUUCUGAGAUAGCCUCUCACUAGGUUGCCCAGGCUACUCUUGAACUCACUCUGUAGACAGGCUGGCUUUGAACUUGUGAGUCUCCUAGCUAACCUGCAGAGUAAGUGGGAUUAUAGCCUGAGUCAGUAGGCUCAACUUCUGAUUGUAUUUGUGCUCUGAGUUCACACACAUACGAGCAUUCACGUCCUUCCCUCUGUGCUUGCUUCCAAAGGCUUCUGCUCUGCCCCAGCCUCUUGUCUAGAACGUGUCAGGGAGUCAGAAAAUCCUUUCUGCUAAGGGCUCAGUAGUAAAUAUGUAGGCUUUGAUGGCCAAAUACAGUCUGCUGUGCAUUCUGGCUUCAUUUUUGACAACUGAAAAGGAAAAAUGAUUUGUAGCUCCAGAAAUUUCUGGAAACAGGUGAUUCCUUAAGAGAAAUAGUGGGUGGUGAGGCUGAAGGUUCUGUGUUGGUAACUCCUGCUCACCCGUGAUGUGAUUCACCUGACACUGGCCCUGGAGCCUCCCCACAAAGGCAGAGACUAUGGUGAGGCCGUCAAGCUUCCCAGUUCUCCUGUCCCACCUGGGAUCAAUAAAGUGAAUGUCCUGUCCCCA